AUGUCAAUUGAAAACUCUAUUAUUGUACCAGCAUACCGUGAGAAGCUAAACAUAAAGCCAUUAACAACUAGGUUGUUUGCUGCCCUAGGGAACGAAUUUUCUAAGACUACCGAAUUAAUCUUUGUAGAUGAUAACUCCCAAGAUGGUUCCGUUGAGGAGGUCGAGAUGUUAGCUAAAAAGGGCUAUAAUGUCCGUAUAAUUGUACGCACAGAUGAAAGAGGUCUAUCAAGUGCUGUUUUAAAAGGUUUUUAUGAUGCCAAAGGGAAAUAUCUGAUCUGCAUGGAUGCUGAUCUCCAACACCCACCUGAAAGUGUUCCAUCAAUGCUACAGUUACUAAGAUCCCACCCAUUUACUUUAGGUACUAGAUAUGCUCCUGGUGUCGGAAUUGACAAGGAUUGGCCUUUAUACAGAAGAGUUAUAUCUACCGGUGCUCGGAUGUUGGCUCUUCCAUUGACUUCCGCUUCCGAUCCAAUGUCUGGGUUCUUCGGUUUACAGAAGCAUUAUUUAGUUCACGAUAAGGCAAGAUCAAUUAAUCCUCAAGGCUUUAAGAUUGCAUUAGACUUGCUUGUCAAGUUGCCGCUUCCAGGCGAUAGCAGGAUUGGUGAACUCCCUUUUUCAUUCGGUGUUAGAACCGAAGGAGAGUCCAAGUUGUCAGGUAAGGUUAUUGUGCAGUAUGUUAACCAACUAAUUGAAUUAUAUGCGUUCAAAUUUGGUGCCACGAACCUAUUGUUGUUCGUGUUCUUCUGGACAAUUAUUUCCUUUUAUAUUUUCCAAAAACUCACAUCCCUACUUUGA